GGAGGAUAACGCCCGGAGAAAUGCCUACGUCCAUCGUGGCUGCCAAUGCAAUGCCUGCGGCAUCGUGCCCAUUCGCGGCAUCCGCUACCGCUGCGCCAACUGUGCCGACUUUGAUCUUUGCGAGACGUGCGAGUCGUCGCAGCUGCACAUAAAGACACACAUCUUCUACAAGAUCAGAAUCCCCGCCCCCCGUCUCGGCCCUCGCCAGAUGCAGCCCGUGUGGUACCCCGGCGACCCUUCGGUGGCCCUCCGCUACAUCCCCCGCGACGUCAUGAACAGGCUGUCCCGCGAGACGGGCUUUGAACGCCCCGAGCUCGAGGCUCUCUGGGAGCAGUGGGCCUUUAUGGCAAGCACCGAAUGGAGAGACGACCCCGACAAGCUGUGCCUGGCCAUGGAUCGCAAGACGUUUGAGCGCUAUCUUGUGCCCUCGAGUGCCGACCGCCACACCGUGCCCAACCUAAUCCACGACCGCAUCUUCGCCUUCUACGACACGGACCGCAACGACCUCAUCGGCUUCUCCGAGUUUCUCAAGGCCACCGCGUACCGCAAGAGCAAAAACCGCCUGCGCAAGAUAUUCGACGGAUACGACAUCAAUGGGGAUGGUCUUGUCGAACGCCGCGACUUCCUGCGCCUCUUCCGCGCCUACUACGUCUUGUUCAGGCAAAUGCACAGAGAUAUCCUUGAGGGCCAGUAUGAACAGUGCAUGAGCGCAAGCGAAGCGCAACUGGGCGUCUCGGGCAGGCAGCCGCUUAGUGGCCUGUUCGGCCGCGACUCACACCUUCCACCGCCGGACCCGGACCCCCGGCCCAUGGAUGGUAAGAACAUUACAGAUGGGUCUACAGGCGACGCAAACAUCACCGACGGCAGAUGCUCGGUCGUCAGGGAAGAUAGGCCGGAUACAGAGGACAGAGAAUCGAUAUUGAAAAGCUUGUUCUCUAGGCAAGAGAACGGCUAUGGGACAGCACCGCAGGGAUCAAUGAGCAAUUCGGGCAUCCGCUAUCUUAAUUCCCUCUUGAACCCCCCUACCCGAGUCGGUGAACUCCCGGCGUUGCUGGCCGGCGAGGCUCGCCCCGGCGAUGAACUGCUCGUUGACGCGGGCCAAGACAGCCAAGAGUCUGAGAGCAGCAGCGGGUCCGAGAAUGGCGGAGACGAGAACAUUCCUGCCCAGUCUGGGGACAACCAAGUCGGGAGCCAGUCGGAGGGUGGCGUGUCUAUCUCCCCAGAGGGCUUCAUACAAGGAGAUGCAUCCAGGUCCCAGCUGCCCACGGGAACCCAGAUCCAGGAGGCUUACCGCGAACCUCGGCUCUCGUCUAAUGUGCGGAAUCAGAAGCAGGUGCGCAGGAAGCUUCUCGACCGCUGGAAGAGGCGGCACUUCUACCUGGAUGAGGAGGAAGGCCUGCACGCGCCCGAGGGCUGGAAUGAUGAUGAAGAUGUCUUGGCCGCAAGUUUUAACGAGGUGGGCGAGAGUUCAAAGUCGGUCCAGCCCGCCGCCCUCGCCCCCCGGUCACGGUCAUCCUCCAAGGUUAGAUUCGCUGAAGACACGGAAGACUACGAGACUCGAUCGAACCCUUCAACCUCGUCAAGGAGCAUCCCGGAACGCUGGGGCGGCAUGGACAUACCCGACGCCGAGAGAGAUUCUGGCAAGGAAAUAUUCUACCAGGUUACUCAGCAGGCCUUCAAUGAGCUUCUUGAUUUACUGUUCAAGGCAAAGGAGGAUCUUGCGGUGAAGGCCGCAGAGACCAGAGCUGACCGCGACAUGUAUCGUUCUCUGUUCAUGGACCUAGACCCCGAUACUGAAGGUCAAGUCGCCGCCCAUAUAGCAGCAAACCCUCACGUCGACACAGAAACAGCGGGCCCGGACACACAAGAGGAAGUUCCCAUCCCGCUGCAACCUCUGGAAGUUCUGCUUGCGUCGAGCGGUUAUGCCGUCGUCGCUGAGCCAUCGCAGCUCCAACAAGCCGCUGGCGACGUAGCUGCGGAUGCUGUCAUCGGCAUUGAGGAGGACAGCGAAGCCUCUCAGGCCCACGAAGCAGGUCAAUCUUCUGCAGGGGCCGCUGGUGCAGUGAAUGGGGCGUCGGAUGAUGGUGAGGCCAGUUAUAGGGAUCCCACCAUGCCCCAGUUUCGACCCGAGUCGAGCAUUGCGACAUCGAGUGAACAGAGCGCGUCUGACGAAGCAAAACGGGACAAGAAAGGGAAGGGGGUCCAGCUAGAGUCGGACGCUAAAUCUUCGGACGCCACGGCGGGAGCGAAGAAGAAGAAGAAGAAAAAUAAGAUUGCCAACCCCCCCGCUUUGACGCCAGAGGUUCUGACGGAAUGGAAGCGCCUAGAUCUGGCUGAGGAGGAAGCCAAGGAGCGCGGUGGCUGGGGCAGGCUGAGCUACGAAGAGUUUGAAAAGAUCUACGCGCACGAGGAGGCCAGCGGGGUUCGGCUCGACUAUUUGGGUACCUGGAUCGACUUUUGCAUCCCAUACCACUAGAACUUGAGAAUCAAAAGGUCAACUUCAUCGAAUUCUUCAAGUUCUCCACCAGCUUCUCUACCACCAGCUCCACCACCAAGUCCUCGACCAUCAACUCUUCGACCACCAACUCCUUGACCACCAUAUUCUCGAGCAGUUGAUCCUAUUUUCGAUCUUUUUCCAGAAUGGGGUGACGCAGCGCCUCUCGAUUCUGACGACGGCUCAGCUGCCAGUGCUAAUCUAUCACCGCCUCAACUUAUUUAACAACACAAGAGCCAGGAUUUAAGGGGCUUCCCGAGCAAAUUGACCAGCGCUCCUCUCCUUCAAACAAGCAAGAACGCCAGGGGCUUGGGGAUGGUAGGGUUUGGCUAAGUUUAAUGUACACGGUUUCUAAUAGGCCAUGAAAGGUGGCGUUUAUAUUUGUAUUGUAACUGUUCUUCAAUGGCUCAUAGCGGGCAGGCGUAUGAAAAGUUUGUGACUAGAAUCUCAGCGAUAGAAGCGACGCUAAUAAGGUC